AUGUCCACCACAGCCGGCGCCUUCAUCGCCGGCGGCAUAGCGGCCUGCGGCGCCGUGACCGCCACGCACCCGUUCGAGACGGUCAAGAUUCGGAUGCAGCUGCAGGGCGAGCUGCAGACCAAGGGCCACCAGCCGCACCACUACCGCGGGCCACUGCACGGCGUGGGCGUCAUAGUCAAGAACGAGGGUGUGCGCGGCAUCUACCGCGGCAUUGGGUGCGCGUACGUGUACCAGAUCCUGCUCAACGGCUGCCGGCUAGGCUUCUACGACCCGAUGCGCCAAGGGCUGGCCUCGAUCUUCCUGCGCGACGGCGCCGCCCAGAACCUCGGUAUUAACAUGUUUUGCGGCGCCGCAUCGGGCGUCAUCGGCGCCGCGGCCGGCUCGCCCUUUUUCCUCGUCAAGACGCGCCUCCAGAGCUUCUCGCCCUUCCUGCCCGUCGGCACCCAGCACACCUACCGCAACGCCAUUGACGGCAUGUCACAGAUCUACCGCGCCGAGGGCGUCCGCGGCCUGUACCGGGGCGUCGGCGCGGCCAUGAUCCGCACCGGCUUCGGCAGCUCCGUGCAGUUGCCCACGUACUUCUUCGCCAAGAGGCGGUUAAUGCGCCACGCAGGCAUGGAGGAGGGCCCCGCGCUGCAUCUGGCGAGCAGUGCCGUCAGCGGAUUCGUCGUGUGCUGCUUCAUGCACCCUCCUGACACCAUCAUGUCCCGACUAUACAACCAAAACGGCAACCUCUACAAGGGCGUGCUCGACUGCCUGGGCAAGACGAUCCGCACAGAGGGCGUCUUUGCCAUCUACAAGGGCUUCCUGCCACACCUCGCCCGUAUCCUGCCACACACGAUCCUGACGCUCUCCCUCGCUGAGCAGACCAAUAAGCUGAUGCGUAAGGUCGAGGACCGCAUCCUGCCCAUGCUGGACAAGGACGCGAAUCGUCUGUAA